AAGAAGAAGAUGAAGAAGGAGAAGAAGACACUACGUGUAUGCGCCCCGUUUACGCCGCUGAGCAUGCAUACAUUUUCUUCAAAACGGACAUACUACAAUGAUGUUUCUGUUUCCUAUGACAGCAAGCUAUCAGAAUCAUAUAACAAGAUGAACUUUGUAAAACAAGAAAAGCACGGUAUAAAAACUGAAUGUCUUGGAGAACAUUAUGGUGCCAAUAUGACAACUGUACAAACAGUCAAGCAAGAACCAGUUGAAAUAACAAUAGAAGAAACACAAAAACAUGCAUCCCAUGAUCAACCAAGAGCUGGACAUUUUGGGGCCAGCAUGUCAACUCUAGAUGUACAAAUGGUCAACCAGGAGCCUAUUGAAAUAAAAGUAGAAUCAACUCAAGAACAUCCUUGCCAUGAUCAACAAGGGUGUGGUGAUCUUAACCUGGACCAUGACCACAUUUCUUCACAAAGUGCCACAAGUAACUUUGAGUGCAGCACCACUAAAGGAACCAUAGAUGAUAUGAAUUUGGUCAAUCACUCAAAUGUCAAAGAAGAAACUUUGGGUGAAGUUGAUCAAUUCAGAGAUUCUGUAUUUGCCAUCAAGUCUGAACAAUUAACUAUAGAAAUUGACAAUGAUAUGACAGCUCCAAAGUCAUUUCUUAAACAAGAAGAUUUGGAACAUUCUAACAAUGAAUUAGGAAAUUCAAAUUCCUUCAAGUGUCUACAUUGUGAUAAGUGCUUUAAGUGUUUAAGUCAUCUAAAAGCACACAUGAUAAUUCACACAGGAGAGGAACCUUUUAAAUGUGAACAUUGUGAAAAAUGUUUUGGCGAGUCUAGUACUUUACAGAAACACAUCAGAACCCACACAGGUGAAAGAAGUUUAAAAUGUGAAUAUUGUGAAAAGAGUUUUAGUCAAUCUA